AUGACAACAAAUGAUUUGGAUGUUGAUGCGUUAUUAGAAGAGUCUAUUAAUAGAGAAAUGUCAAAUAGAGAUAGAGAAAUAAAUGAAAAGAAAAGAAGUGAACCAGAUGAUUCUCAAGAUUUAGAUUUACUACGCUCAAAUGAUGAGAAAAGAAGGAGAAGUAGUAGUGAAAGAGAUUAUAGAGAUAGUAGAGAUUAUAGAGAUAGUAGAGACUAUAGAGAUAGUAGGGAUUAUAGAGACAGUAGGGAUUAUAGAGACAGAGAUAGAGAUAGAGAUUAUGGUGGUGGUGGUAGUGGAAGAGAUAGAGACCGUGAUAGAUAUGAUAGAUAUGAUAGAGACCGUGAUAGAUAUGAUAGAGAUUAUGGUGGUGGUGGUAGAAGUAGUGAUAGAUACGAUAGAGAAUAUGGUGGUGGUAGUGGUAGAAGAGAUAGUGGUAGGGAUUAUAGGGACAAUAGAGAUAGUAGUAGCAGAGACAGUAGAGACAGUAGAGAUAGCAGAGAUCGUAGUGAUAGGGAUCGUAGAUAUAGUUCAGAGAGUAGUAGUAGUAGGGAUAGACACAGUGAAAGCAAUGGAAAUAUCAAUGGUAGCAGUGGUGGUUCCAAUAGGGACAGCAAAGAAAAGCAAAAAGAUUUACAAAAUUCACCAACUACUUCAACCUCUUCUACUUCUUCAAGUAAUACUACAACAAACAAAGAAUCAUCAUCAUCAUCGAUUUCGACAUCUACACCACCAACAUCAUCAUCGACAACAUCAUCAUCAUCAACAUUACCAGAACCAGAUGAAGAAAGUGAUCAAAGAACAGUUUUUGUAUCGAAAUUAUCACAAAAUAUUGUUGAAAAGGAUUUAAGUGAUUUAUUUUCACAAGCAGGUACAGUAUUGAAUGUAAGAUUGAUAACGGAUAAAGUUACCAAGAGAAUGAAGGGUGUUGGAUAUGUUGAAUUCUCACAAAAGGAAAUGGUAGAUAAAGCCAUAGCUCUUAGUGGUAGUGUAUUGGAUGGUCAACAGAUUUUGGUUCACUCAAUUCAACCAGAGAAAAAGGUUAUAAAGAGUAAUAGUACAGGUAGUUCUGGUGGUGAGAGUAGAAUUUACGUGGGUUACAUUCAUCUCAGUGUUGCAGAGGAACAAAUCAGAGUGAUCUUUCAACCCUAUGGUGAUAUUGAUUUCAUUAAUAUUCACACCAAACCUGGUAUUUCAAAAUAUGCAUUUAUCCAAUUCAAAACUCAAGAGUCUGCAAAGAGAGCCAUCACCGAAUUGAAUGGUUAUGAACUUAUGGGAAAGAAUUUAAAAUUAAAUAUGGUUAGUCAAGAAAAGAACUCUAAUGGCACUUAUAUUCAAAUUCCACAAAUUAAUAAUAUCAUUCAUCAUAAUUAUGCACCAAAUCAACUUUAUAAUGCACAAGCCGCUGCUCAUAUUCAUCAACAACAGCAACAACAACAACAACACUAUAGUUCAUUCAUACAACAACAACAACAACAACAACAAAUGAUGAUGAUGCAACAACAACAACAUCACCAUCAUCAUCAUCAGCAGCAACAACAACAAUUUAAUUCACAACUUCAACAACAACAUCAAUUCCAAGCACAAAUUCAAGCACAUUUACAAGGUACAAACCCUAAUAACAAUAGUAAUCAACAUACUUUUAAGGAAAAUAAUGCUUUAUCUUCUUUAGAUGAAGAUGACGGUGGUAUACCUUUAACGGCACAUGGUAGAGCCUUGUUAACUGCAAAAUUACAAGGAAAAACUCUUACACCUCCUUCUAAUAAUUUAAAUAAUAAUAUUAAUAAUAAUAAUAAUAAUAUUAAUAAUUUAAAUAAUAGUACUCAUACAGUUAUUAAUCCAAGUUUAGCUUCAACUGGUAUCAUUACUCCUUAUACUCAACUUCCACAUUUCGCUUUUGUUUCAACUUGUUUAAUUUUAAGAAAUAUGUUCGACCCUGAAACUGAAACUGAAGAAAAUUGGGACCAAGAUAUUCUAUCAGAAACUCAUGCAGAAUGCUCAACUUUCGGUAAAAUAAUGCACAUUUAUUUAGAUAAAAAUACAAAGGGAUGUAUUUAUAUUAGAUAUGAUAAUAAUGAGUCACCAUUGAAGGCAAUUCAAAAACUUCAUGGUAGAUGGUUUUCAAAAAAACAAAUUAUUGCUGAACUCGUUCCAGAGCCAGUAUAUAAAUUACAAUUCCCAUUUUAA